AUGGUAAUUGCUCCGAUUAGCUUCGUUCGCUGGUUCCCAGACUUCACGAAUUCAAGCAUCCUACGAGGCUGGCAUCCCACUCUCACCCUUUCACUGUUGAAACUGUUAAAUGUAGCCGUCUCGUCUACUCCAAUAGCUUCAUAUCUUGUACCUCUCGCCUGUGGAACUCCCUUCCUUAUUCCUGUUUCCCUGAUAGCUAUAAUCUCCAACUAUUCAAAUGUAAUGUCAAUCGACAUUUCCAGUUGCCUUGAUCUACCUCCUAUCCUUCUCUUCAUCCUUUCCGCUAUCAUUCCUAUCUGCUCUUGCUCCAAAUGCUCUAUAACCCCUUGCGCUACCCAUCAAUCCUUCCUGUCUGUUCUAAUUGGUCAAUGUUUCUCUCUUUCUCCUAUUUUUUCAUCUGCUGACCUUUUAUCCUUUUCUGUUUCAACUUUGUUCUCUUUUUCUGCUUCAAAACUCUCUGCCCUAUUUUUUCCCUUUUCCAUUCAAUUUUUAAAUUUUUCAUUUGCUUUUUGUUCCUAUUUCUUGCUUUCUUUUCUCUCUUCUUUGCUUUUUCUUUCCUCUAUUUUCAAUCUCAUUACUUUCACUUUCCUCUAUUUGUCCCCUAUUACUUUCACUUUGCUCACUUUCGUUCCUCAUUUUGUUCACUUUCCCCGCUUUCCUCAUUACUUUCACUUUCCAAACUUUUGUUCCUGUUUACUUUCACUUUCCUCUAUUUUGAUCCCUGUUACUUUCACUUUCCUCUUUUGUUCCUUAUUACUUUCACUUUCUUCCAUUUUGAUCCUUCAUCAUUUCAUUUUCUUCUCUUUCAUUCCUUGUUACUUUCACUUUCCUUUCUUUGUUCUUUAUUACUUUCCUUUUCCUUUCUUUUGUUCCUCAUUACUUUCACUUUCCUCUUUUUUUUCCAUGUUACAUUCACUUUCCUCUCUUUUGUUCCUUGUUAUUUUUACUUUCCUCUCUUGUUCCUUGUUACUUUCACUUUCUAUUUUAAUCCUCAUUACUUUCACUUUCCUCUCUUUUGAUUAUCAUUCCUUUCACUAUUUUCUAAUUUUUAUUCCUUUGUUUGCAUUUUCUCUGCAAAUAUGUUCCUUAAUUCUUCCUUAUGUUUUGUCCAUUAAUUUCAAGCUUUUAUUUUUUCUUUCUUUAUUUUUGCUCAUUUUUUUGUCUGUUUUAAUGUUCUUCUUUCUUGUCUCAUUUUAUUUUUCCUUUUUUUAUUUUUUCUUUCUCCCACUUCUUGUUUUAUUACUUUCACUUUCCCCCAUUACUUGCUUUGUUUUAACUUUCGCUUUCAGCCAACCCUCUUUUUCCUUUCUCAUGCCAGUAGGUGAAAGAGACACCACUCUCUCUCUCUCUCAGCUUCCAUCUUUAUCCCAAACCUCAACAACAACCCCUUCACCAACCUCACAAAUACAUACUUCCAUUCAGUUUUACAUUUUCUCCUCCCACUCCAAUCUUCUUUCUCUCUCUAAAUUAUUUAUUUUUCACACCAAUCUCUCUUCUCUCAACUCCCUCCCACCAUCCUUUCAUACUCACCAUCUCUCCUUUCUCUCCACCCAUUUUUUGCUCUCCAUCUAUCUAUCCGGCUCUCUCUCUCUCUCUCCCCUACCCACAAAGCCAACCAACCAACGGAUGGAUGGACAAGCCAAUGGACCAACCAGCCACCCCCAUCCAACUGAUCCGAUGUGGGAGACUCUCUGA